AUGACUUCAAUUCCCGUGCCCGAGGAGUACGGCAUCUCUGCCGACUACGGCUUUGUUUCUUACGAUGCGUCACUUGUGACUUUGGAUCCAAACUAUAUUCGAUGGGAAGAUAUCGCUAGUGACUUUCAACGAAUGCUUAGAAAGAAAUGUCUGCGAAACUCGAUCGACAGACUUCCAGUUCUUGAUACGUCAAACUUGAUCACCGAGGGGGAAUGGCGUCGUGCCUAUGUUUUACUUGUUUUUAUGCUGCACGGAUACGUAUGGGAAGGCAGCUCACCUGAAGAGAAAAUCCCGCCUCAGUUGACUGUCCCUCUAUACGAAGUUUGUCAAACAUUAGAACUACCCCCAAUCGCAACUUUUGCCGGUGUCUGCUUGUGGAAUUUCAAGCUUUUGGAUCCGAGUAAGCCCAUACACGAUCUGGAUUAUCUAGCUUAUCUUCAGACAUUCACUGGCACCUCAGAUGGAAAAUGGUUCUACCUAGUGUCAGUAGCUAUAGAGGCAAGGGGCGCACCUAUUAUCCCGCUCAUGCUUCAAGCAAUAGAUGCGGCACGCGCGGGAAAACGCGAAAAGGUGCAAACCCACCUUGAAGAAACCUCGGUAGUCUUGGAAGAAAUCAACUCAUUGUUGCAGAAGAUGCAUGAGCGCGUGGAUCCUCACGUUUUUUACAAUGAACUACGUCCUUACCUUGCUGGCAGCAAAAGCAUGGCAGAGGCAGGAUUACCUCAUGGUCUUUCGGAGUAUCGGCAGCUCUCUGGGGGCAGUAAUGCCCAAAGCUCAUUGAUUCAAUUCACCGAUAUUGUACUGGGGGUGGAGCAUCAUCCUACGGGCUCCAAUAAUAAACCAGGUGUGACGAGCGAGGCCGGAAAGAAACGGAGUUUCAGUCAUGAGAUGCGUUCUUACAUGCCAGGACCUCAUCGAAGGUUCCUCGAGGAUGUUGAAGAGGUCUCUAAUAUUCACGAGUUUGUGAAGGCGAGACGGCAUAAUCCCGGUUUGAGUCGAGCGUAUAACAAGUGCCUGGAAAUUUUUUCCUCUAUGCGUGAAAAGCACUUUCAGAUUGUUGCACGCUAUGUAAUCGCCCAGUCUCACAAACGAAAAGAAGAGGGUCAAUCUCUGAAGCCCGCGAGUGAGUCAGUUGUUAAUAUUGUGAAUUCAACAUCCUCUUCAAGUGAGGCCAGAGGAACUGGUGGUACAUCUGUUGUCCCAUUUCUAAAACAGACGCGGGAGGAAACGGUGAAACCUAUUCUGGAUUGA